AUGCCAGGGGUACCAUCAAACAAAGCUUGCGAGCGUUGUAAAAAAAGACAUCUCAAGUGCGACGAAACACGGCCGAGCUGUCAGCGUUGUACUAACGCUGGCGUGGAGUGCCCUGGUUAUGUCCAAACUCGCAAGUUCAUAGACCAAGGUGCUUCUGUAAGGCGUCGAUAUGCACCUUACAGUGAAACUCAUCCAAAGCCACAUGCAGCCAAAUCGAAGGAGGGUCUACCCGGUAAUCACUCAACAGGCUUUGAGCAAAAUGUGAUACAAAGUACUGCUGACCAAGGUCUGUCUCACACCAACUUGGCCUUGGGAACUGCCGAAGUCACUCAGUUAGCGGUCCGUCUAACUCCAAAUGAGCUAGUAUCAACCCUGCAAGACCCACCUGUGCAAACAGACGGCAUGUUCGCAGUACAGGCCGGGCCAACCGAAAUUGCAGGUUCGGACCAACAGAGUGCUUCCAGUCAGAGCAACGCACAGAGCUCAUUUUCGCCAAACAAGACCGCGGCUGGAGGUUUCGCCGUGGCAAAUAAUGUCUCCGGCGAGCUCAAGAAAUCCAGUACUGCUACGCAUUUGAACUCUCCGGGAAGUCCCUCGCAGCCUGGUGAGGAAGAGGAAUUUCAAGAUAUAUUCUCGGAGCUAAUGACGGGUACUGAGCACGAGCUUGCAUUUCUUACGAGGCACUUCUCAGCAACUCUGGGACCCUGGCUAGAUAUCUCGGACUCUGGAAAGUUCUUUUCAGCAUACGUUCCGGUUCGCGCCAUUGACGAUCCUUGUCUCAAGUAUGCAAUCGCAGCUCUGGCAGCGAAGCAUCUGGGCCGAGUCAAAGGCGUAAUAUCUCCGGCCGGCGGGGGACUGUUUACCAGUCCGCCGACAAUGGAGGUGUACCCGAAUUCCACUCAGGUGGAUUGGUUUCUAAAAGCUGCUAAUUACUACUAUCUUGCCGCGUCUCGCAUCAACACCUCGGUCUCCGAUGCUUAUUCAGCUGUCUCCAGCACAGCGGUCCUGGAAUCCCCAAUGGAGGCCGUGAGUCGAUGGCUGAACCUCCAAGUACAGCAAACUGGCCAUGGACCUCCUACGGAGCAACCAGUCAUAGGGACCUUUUGGAGAAAAGUGGAAGACUUACUCGCCGCGGCGGUCAUACUUACAACGUACAAGCUCUUGGAUGAAGCUGGAGAAAUGUGGCAAUCCAAUUAUGCAGAGUCCCCCCAGUUUUCACAUGGAAUUGCGGCCUGCUUUUUUGACUUUGCUCGCUUCGACUAUCUAGGGGCAUAUUUUACUCGGUCAUUGACCCAUUUUGAUCCGGCCAGCCUGACAUUAUGGAGAGCUGCCGGCGUCCCCAUUGACGAACUAGGAAAUCUCCGGCUAGACAGUGGACUGACACGGAAUCCAAUGAUGCUUCAACGGGAGGACCUGGCAGCAAACAGUCUGAUCUGGCUUCUGAACAAGGUUCUCAACUUCCUGGCAGCCUCGAAAAGGUCCCAGGUGGAGCAGUGGGUUGGCCAGCCACCGACCAAUUCACCUUCUCCAACCGUCUCAUCUCCACGUUCCCAGCCGACAACAUCCACCUGGUUGAGUCUCUGCUUCGAAUUUCAAACGUGGGUCGAGAAGAUCCCCGAGACGUUUCGCCCCUGCCUGCGUCUCAAUCACCCCAAGGAUCUGUCCAAACUGCCUGAGGUCGGCGAGAUGCCGUUUCCCGAGAUCUUCUACGGCAUGACAUCCUGCGCCGCUGCGAUGCAGCAGUAUCAGUUUGGCCGCCUUGCAUUGUUGCUCAACCGUCCGCCUGACGUGAUCAGCGCACCGAGCACCGCCUUUGACCGGCUACAGGGCUAUCGCGAGUUGACGAAAGAAGUUGACUACCGCUGCAAGGAGAUUUGCGGCAUCGCUCUCGGCAGACCGCAAGGCGGUGUCCGUAUCUACAUGAUACCCCUGCUCUUUGCCGUGGGGCAGUGCCUCGAGAGGCCCGAAGAACGCCAGAUUAUUGGAGAGCUGCUACGCGGCGUCGAAGCUGAUUUGGGAUGGGCGACUGGGUCGCAAAUCCAGAAGCUCCAGAGUCUGUGGGACCAAUGA